AUUCAUAACAUUUAUGCGAUUUAAUCGUUAAAGUUAAGUGGCUACUAAUACACUAAACUAAUAAAUUUUACGAACAUUAUUAACACCUCCCGAAAAACAUUAUGAUGACGGUCAGUUUAGUAUAAUCUUCAUUGCCCAAUAGAGUUAAAUGCACGCACACGAAUUGAUACUCUUUUAAAUUUUUUUUGUCAAAAGCUCGACUUUCCUCGGCAACGGCGAAUGUACGAACUCAUGCGGCUUUUUGGUCGGUUUCACGCGCUGUUUCCCGCCGGUCAUUACGAAUCAUCGUCAAUAUAAGAUUGUCUUCGAUGUUCUUCGCCUUUAACAUGUGAGAAGCUACAUUCUGGAGGCAAUGAAGAACGCAACAUACUGUGACUUUGGAGACUUUGGACGGCAGUACCGAGAAUACCUACAUGGAUAUCUCAGCCUUUCUGUGUGCAUAUUUGGCUCAAUCGCCAAUAUUCUCAACAUUUGCGUGCUGAGGUCUAAAAACAUGCGUUCGCCAACGAAUUAUAUUCUCACUGCUCUCGCUCUAGCUGACCUGCUGGUGAUGCUUCAAUAUAUUCCUUUUACAGUCCAUCGCAACUUGCCGCCUAUUCCACUUCAUUACUGGCACUUCAGCUAUGGCUGGGCACUGUUUUACAAAUUCCACUCGCUUUUCACUUUGGUGCUUCACUUUAUUGCCUGUACUUUAACGAUUAUUCUUGCUGUAUGGAGGUACGUGUUCAUUACACAGAUACACACCAACAAGAUUUGUUCUAACCAGAGCCGCACUUUGAUGGUGAUCUUAGUAACGUACUUUCUAUGUCCCCUGGUGUGUUUUCCGAUUCUUUCAACCCUGGAAAUAGUCCCCUAUCAGCAAACGUGCGACUUGAGCGGAGCUAUAGUUGAUAGAGCUCAUCGACUCAAAUACGAUUUAUCCGAACUGACCAACGAAACCAUUUAUAUCUUGUAUCCAAAUGAUCCUUAUAAUUUGAGCAUUUGGGUCUACACUGUACUAGUAAAAUUCGUUCCAUGUCUUCUGCUGACUUUGCUGUCGUAUAAAAUUAUUUCGGCGCUACUGGAGGCCAGGCGAAGGAAAAUGAAGCUGAUGAACGCCAAUAAGCUGCUGGAUAAUCUGGAGAAGAACAAAGCAAAAGCGGUUCAGAACUACAAGGAUAAUCAGGCUGAUCGUACCACUAAUAUGUUGUUGGCUGUGUUGAUUCUGUUUUUAAUCACCGAAUUUCCUCAAGCCAUAUUGGGGUUGAUCAGCGCUAUUCUGGGAGAGGCUUUUCUGGAGGAAUGUUAUGCCCCGUUAGGUGAUGUCAUGGACAUAAUGGCCCUUAUCAACUCCUCAAUUAAUUUCAUCCUUUACUGCACAAUGUCCAGACAAUUCCGAUCAACGUUCCAGGAAAUGUUCCACCUGAAGAAAUUUUUGGGCUGGAUUCGAUCUCCUAGUUCCAGAAGCACAUUGGCCGAAGACACGAGAGCGGAAACCAAGGUGUCGUUGGUCUAGCAAAUACUGCUUUUAGUGUUUAAAAAAUAAUUGAUAAGGCCAGCAGCUACAGCUGAGAUUGCUGAAUUGUAUUGGAAAUAUCAAGUGCCAGGGAAGUGACUUUUGUAAAUUUAGUCAAUCGCGUUACAAGCGCAUGUUAACGAAAAGCCCUUCAAAACAUGUUUCAGGAUUGCGUGAAUUUCAGCAAAUAGCAACACUUGGGAUGUUUUCGGUAAAUUGGCAAAGCCGCUUAAAUAUCGCUACGCAUUUGGAAUGAUUGCAAAGCCGCAUUAUUCAACAAAAUAUUUUAUUGUUUAAUGACAAAGAAACAAAUAUUGAAAUUAAAUAAUAUAUUUAUUGGCGUCGAUUCUGCACAAAGUGGACGGAUGCGUGCCAAAGGGAAAAUCUCACAAAUAAUCAUAAUUCAAUCAUUAAAAAUUCAGAUCAGGCAACUAAUUAUGACUCAUAAAUAAAAUUUCGUGAACUGAAAAGCUUCUUGAUAAAUUACUGGUAUGUUUAUGGCUAAGACAUAAAAUUAGUCAUUUCAAACUCCAUACAAAAACACGCCCUAAAUGAGUAAGGUUUUACCACAUUUAUCGCCCCGAAAUGAGCAGCAGCAAACAGAGUUCCAUAUUAAAAAUUUUAUUUUCGCAGCAAAAAUGCUCAUAAUUCUCCGUAUCUUAUCACAUGACGGUUUUUACCUGGCGGAUGGCGUGUUAUGGGGUUAAUUAGGGUAUUUUUAGGUUUUUCGCCCAAUGGCUACCAAUUAGCCAAAAUGUAUUUUAGAUGCAUGUUUUUACGGGUUAUUCUUAACGAGUGAGAUAUAAAUAUAGUAUAACAAACAGAAAAGUUUGUUCAUGUUAUAGAAAUAUUAUUUAUUGAUGGAUGCUAGGAGUCACAGAUCUCUAGGUGUGGUAAUCUCAGGCACCUUCAGGACCGGUUUCGAAUCUAUUAGGUUGCAUCAGCUAAGUUUAACGUGUAAAUAAUACUCUGCAUCCUGUGGAGAAAUAGGUGAGCGGAAAAACUUGAAAACAAAUAGGAAAAGGAAUAACUACAGAGGUAACAUUAACGUAAGUAUAAAGAGUUGAGAUCUUAAUGAGAUGUGCAAAGAUGAAAAGCAGGAAACAAUUGGGGGCAAAAACUGUAUUAAAAGCUUAAAACGCAAAGGAAAAAACACAAAUAUCGAUGAAGAUACUUCGUCAGACACUGGCAUGCAAGAGAAAUUCAGAUAACGAUCUGGAAUUUUGUCUUAACCCAAAGAUGUUUAAUAUGGAAACAUUUAACAUCAGCAACUUAAUUUCGUCGAAUUUAAAUCAAAAUGGUACUUUCAUUAACAUAGUUUUCGUCUAAAGUUUCAGAGAAAAUGUAUUUUGGAGGUAGUCACUUAAAAGUGUCUUUCUUGGUGUGUACAUCAUAAAUAAAGUAAUAUUAAAUUGCAUCCAAAUGUCAAAAAAAACUCAUCUCUAAAUUCAAUCGAAUCAUUUUUUGGUUAAAAUGGACCGUUAGCUCUAAAGUGGCCUUCUUUCAUCACUCUUGGCGUACUGACAAUAUUCAAAUUAUAAUUCAAAUAUUUAUAUUAUAUACUGUUGUUAACAAUCGGUUAGAAUUAAGGUCUAAAGACAUAUUUCUUGCGGUUAUUUUCCCAUUGCUAACUGAGAAUGAUUUAUCAGUUCUACCUGUUACCUGUUUUACACAAAUCUGUAAGUAAAUGCUAUCAAAGAAAAAAUACAGCCCUGGUUGCCGAGUACUUUUACAAAAUGAAAUGCUGCCGGGAUCCAAACCGCCCAAAAAUUCCCCAAAACCUCAAUUUUUUUCGGGCAUCGAAAAAUGGUAGAAGAAGUUAUUUCUGCAAAAUAAAACGCAACUAAACAACUAUUAUUAUCGUUACUCUUUAUUAUCGAAAUCCAGAACUGCCAAAACACGAUAAUUACCAAGAAAACACCAUUGAGGGAUUACUUGUAAUGUAAAUAAUUACCUUAGAUGACAAUGUAAAGUACAGUUCACAGCAGAACGACUGUAAUUUAAAGUCGAUUUGUGAAAGUCAAGUGCAAAUUAUUUUUAACUUGAAAAUUCGGAUUGCGAAUUCAAGAACAGUUUUACUUUCUGGUGUAAUUUGAAGAAGAAAAAACCUGCAAAUGACGCAAAUUACCUUCCAAUACAAUAAAAAGUUUAGUUUACAGCAGAAAAUCUAUAGUCUUCUGAAGAACUUUUAAUAUCUGAUACACAUAACAAAACAGGUCAAUCUGGAAGAAAAUGGAAAAAGAAGUCUACCUCGCAUUAAAGUCACCCAUCAUGAUGGUAAUUUUCGGGUUUCCAGAUGUUUUUUUCGGGUUUACAAUGUCUUCAUAGAACUGCUCUCUUUCAUUAUGAUCUGCGUAGCUAGUUGGUGCAACGAGCUGCAUCACUUGUCAGCUAUAUCGGUUAUUGAGUUUUCUCAUGAUGUAAAUGACUCUUUUCGAGAUCGGCUAUAUUUUGGUUACCAGAUGGUUCAUAUCCUUGUGCACCAUAUUAAAAAACAGUCGGUAAUGCUUAUAAGUAUGGGCAGAUAAUCAGUAAGUUCCAGUGGCGCCAGAAAGUCGAAUCGUAAAUAGUAUAGAUAUUAGAAAGGACGGAAGUUUUGAUGAGAAAUAUUUGGGUAUUUUUUGUUGAGGUGGCCGCUUUGCUUCAACCUGUAUUGCGCAGUGAUAUAAAAUACAUUAGCGAAAUGCUACUACUCGUUUUAAGAGUGUUGUUUUCAGGCUAAAACUAGCUGAUGAGAGCUAAUAGGCUAGAAAUCGGUCCUCAUGGUGGCUGAAAUUCGCACAUCCGGAGAUCUGUAUCUGUACUUUCUUACAUGAGAAACCUUUGACGGCUCUGAUGAUGCGAAAAGUUUCAUUGUUCUUCGCAAUCUGAUAUGUGCUCAGUACGCUCAAUAGUUCACCUUUUUAAUUUGUUGCUUUUAUUGCAAUUAAUUAUCAAAUUUCGUUGUCUAGCUAAUAAUUUAAAUAUUGCGGUUGUAAGCUGUAGUGAUUUACAUGUACGAAGACUUGAUGUGCACUGUAAACGUGUUCUCUAUUUGUCAAUAUGAUAAUCUAGCUUAGUAGAUUCCAGGUAAAAUACUUUGGUUAUAAGAUUUAAUAAACUUUUGAAAUGAAAAAAAUGCUUUGUACAACUAGGCGAAAAUUUACCAGCUGUACUAGAGCUUCGAUUCGUCCCAUUAAUAGAGUUGAAUAACAUUACUUCAUUUGUAACAAGAUUUGCCUUGGUUUCGUAUCGGCUGUGAUUUAACGUAAUUUGUAAUAAAAUAUUAUAACUAUUUGUAAAAUUGCGUUAUUAAAUCAACUAGAAAGCUACAA